AUGCCACAGGGAGCAGGUCUUACGGAAUUUCGCGGACGGGGGCCCGAUGGCGAGAGCUCGGCCUUCGCUGGGCUCGACACGCCGUGCCGCCGCUGGGACGACGGGUACGAGGCUGUCGGGUACAGCAUCACAUACCCACGGCACAUGGAGGCGCCUGAUUUUUACGAAUUGCAUUUUCCCGCUGCCAAGGGUAAAAUUUUUCGACGUACUGAGGCGGGCUGGGGUCGCAAUGGGCGCCGCGUAGCUGAGAACGUCGGCGACUACCAUGGUCGCGCCGCUUGGAGGGACAAAGAAACCCUAGGUGAAUUCCGGCCACGCAAACAACGGAGGCCUUACGGAGGUCGUGAGGCGGCAUGGGCAGUUGACGGUCGACGCCGCGGAAGGAUGGUCCGUUGGUCCUGGGCGCAACCGUCGCUGGACCGGUGCCGGAAUUGA